AUGCCAAUUUAUCCGACUGCUCCUUUAACCAGCUCUGUUCCUGCUAACUUAAACUAUUCAACACCUGUUACAUAUGCCCAACCUCUAACAUAUGCUUAACCAGUUUAAUACGUUCCUCAACCUGUCCAAUAUGUCCCAUAACCUGUUUUGACUUAAUCAGUUGUAGCUCAACCUGUCAUUGCUGCUCCACAAUAGCCAGCAAUCAAAGGAGAAUCAAGAGUUGAAUAUAGAGAAUUCUAAAGACCUGUGGUCGAAAUGGAAACAGAAACCAUUUAAGUUCAAGUCCCAAAAACUAAAUACGUGACUGAUUAUUAUCCAGUCGAAUAUUAAACAGAAUACAUUCCCAGAACUGUUUAUGAAUAAUAAACUGAAUAUGUCCCAGUCACUAAAACAGUCCCCAGAGUUGAAUAUGAUGCAGUCGAGAGAGAAGUACAAAGAGUGUAAUAUUAACCCGUUCAAACAGUGCCAGUAUAAACUGUGGCUGUCUAACCAGUUGUCUAAUCUGUAGUUCAACCUGUUUAACCAUUGACUUAUUCUAUCGCCAGACCAGUUGCUUAGGCCCCUGUUUAUGCUCAACCAGUUAUUGCACCAGCUCUAACAUAUUCAGGUGUUAGACAUGCAUAUGCUCCAAGCUACCCAAGUGUUCCAACCUAUGGUCAAUUACCACAAACAGUCAGAUCAUAACCAUAACCACAUCCUUCAAAUAAACCAUAAUGAGUAUGAAGUAUCAUAAUUAUAAUCAAAAAUUUAAUUUAAUUUAC